GACGUCGCGGGCUACGGCGGAAGGUUCAAUUGUCGGUGAGCCGUCACGACAAACGGACGGAUGCGCGAUAAGGCUCCAAGGCACAGAUUGAAAGCGCGUGUGAUCCGUAAGAGGAGCAACGCGUGCACGGGGACGAUAACUUCCUCGAAUUCGAUUACGCGCCGCCGCGUCGGAGUGUGUCGCGCGCGCGCGCGCGGGUACCGGGCGGCUAACUUCACGCGGGAAGCGCGCGUGGUGCUUCCCUUCGGGCGACUCGCGUCUCCGUUCGUCGGUCGAUCGGUUGUUCCCGCACGUUUUGAAAUGUGUCCCGCGACCGGCGCGGCACCCACCACGCGCGACGGCGACGCGUUAUUUCGCGAUAUUCCCUGGUGUUGACGGAAAAGUGCGAGCGCGCGCGCGCGCUCGCUCGCGCUGCCGCGAUCGCGAUCGGUGUGAGUGAAGGAGAAGAGAAGGAGACGCUCGUGACGCUCUCUCAGUGUGUGCGCUUGGGAUUUCUUGGGUCUCUGCGUCGCGUGGUUUGUGUGCAGCAGUUUGGCCGUUUUCGGAGCAUCGCGAGAGCAUCCACCCCCCCUUCGUGAACACGUUGACAGAACUUCCUCUGGCAGCAGCGGCCAUGACCGCGGACAGCCUGUUCGAGACCACCAGCAUCCCGGGGCACCUCGCUCCCACGCCCGAGAGACUCGAGAGACUUCUCUCGAAACGGACCCUCGAGGAGCUCUACGAGGUCGAGGAACAGCCUUUCGCACGCGGUAAAUAUGCGACGGUAAGGAGAUGCCGCGAGAGGUCCAGCGGCAGGCAAUGGGCCGCCAAGUUCCUGAGGAAGCGACGACGAGCCCAGGAGCUCAGAGCGGAAGCGCUUCACGAAGUGGCCGUGCUGGAUGCCGCGGCCCAUUGUUCCCGCCUCGUCUCCCUUCACCAGGUUUUUGAGACCAACACGGAGAUGGUUCUCGUCCUCGAGCUGGCUCCUGGCGGCGAGCUGCAGAUGAUACUCGAUCGGGAUGAAGUUCCGGAGGAGCGGCAGGUCGCCAGAUUGCUGAAGCAGAUUUUGGACGGGAUUGCCUUUCUGCAUUCCCUGAACGUAGCUCACCUCGACAUCAAGCCGCAGAACCUGGUGCUCACUGGAGAAUUCCCGGACUGUGACGUGAAGCUGUGCGACUUUGGCAUAUCACGGUACAUCAGUCACGGAGCAGACAUACGGGAGAUUUUGGGCACGCCUGAUUAUGUUGCCCCGGAGGUACUGAAUUACGAGCCGAUCAGCCUGGCAACCGACAUGUGGUCCGUCGGCGUGCUGCUCUACGUGCUGUUAACGGGAUGCUCGCCAUUCGGCGGCGACACCAAGCAGGAGACGUUCUGCAACAUCAGUAGAUGCCGCCUGGACUUCCCCGACGAUCUCUUCGAGGACGUCUCCGAGGAGGCGCGCGAUCUCAUGCGCAAGCUCAUGGUGAAGGACCCAAAUGAACGCCUGACGGUGACCGAGUGCCUCCAGCAUCCCUGGUUCAGCAUGUCCGAGCAGCCGUCGGCGCCCCUGACGUUGGCCACGUGCCCCACGUCGGACGACAACCCCACCGCGUGCCCCACGUCGGACAACAAGUCCACCACGGACUCGCCGACGACGACGCCUUCGCAGGAAGAGAACACCCUAUCGAAACUACCGAUCACCAGUGGUUCCGUCUCGAGCACGACGUCGUCGACGCCGAAAAGCGACGGCGAGAAGCAACGGUCAUCCGCGGCCGAGCCGUGUCACGGUUCAGAAUCGCCCACGAAAGCGAUCGGUGGUCCUCGCGUCGUCUCCUCGCACACGGAGAAUCUCUACUCGGCCACGAAAUCGUCGCCCAGGCCUAUCCGGUUUGGUCUGAGUCCAGAUCGCAGGGACACCUUCAAGAGAAACAUGGACUCGCUGGCGCGGAAGUUCUCCGGCACAGAGAUCGUCAUCAUCGAAUCGUCAUCCGCGUCAUCGACAACGACGACCACCAACGGCACUAUCAUCCAGCAACGGCGCGCCACCGCGACGCACACGAUGCCGGCAGGCGGCGAGGUGUUCAAAUGCACGCCCGUGUUCAUCCUCGGCGAGGCGGAGCAGCAGUGCAGCGACAGCGGCAGCGACACCGUGUCCGAGAUCUCGACCGACAGCUCGAGCGACCGCAGCAGCAUCUACUCGGACGACUCCCUGGACUUCAUUCUAUACGGCAAGAGUCAGGGACGCGCGAGUUUCCCGUUCGCCGCCGCGGACGCGACCGCGGACAGAUGGGAGCAGAGGCAUCGUCAUCGCACGCGGGUGUGGCCACGCGAAUGCAGCGGCGUCGUCAGCAAGGCGCUCAGCCGCUUCACAUCGGAAGGCGCGUCGCCCACCGCGACCAGGAUCGCGAAGAUUCCGACGCCGCCGAUGGCGACGGCGCUGCGCGCCAGUAAGACCGGCCUCGAGGCGCUUCGUGAGCGCGGUGGCAACCUGGUGGUUAUCAGGGAACCCGUCCGCGCCGGCAGGUACACUAGGUACAGCGAGGUGCAGUGUGAGUCGGUACAGGCGCGGAUCCGGCGGUUUCAGGUGCACGAAGCCUCGUAAGAUCCGGUCCCGGGCGCGGCCCAGGCGCUGCCUCGAAUCCGCACUCGCGCCAACUGGACUGAUAAACGCCUGACAGACCUCGAAGAGCCACCGUUGGGCUCGAGGCGAUUGUACAUAUUACGCAAUUCGUGUAUAGUGAUUCGAAGGAGAGGAGAGGGGAGGUUUUUCGGCAUACCCGAGAAGAAUGCGCGAAACGAAUCAUGGAGAAAGGUAGCAGACGGGUGAAGGUUUCUUGAGGUUCAUGUAGGCUGUGAUGAUGAUUCGGGAAUGUACCCAUGUGCCUUUCUCGUAAGAGUACGGGACUGUGUGAACUCUGCGAAAAAUAGAUUCGGAUACUCGGAUACGUUUGCGAUUGUUGCGCAACUGUAGCGACUGUUGUAGGACGAUGAAAUCGAGAGCCAUGUGCCAUGCGACGAUCGCGCGUUUCAACAAGAGUGUCGGAUCGCGUUUCCGAGUCUACUUUCCGUAAAGCGCACGAUUCUGUAAUUCGCGAUACGAAAAUAUCAAAAUAUCAAACUUCGCAAAAUCCUACACCACACGUGAUCUCCAGAAUCCUCGGAACAGCCUCUCGAAGACCCGGCUAUCCGACUUUCGCCGGGUUCCUCGGGAACGCACGAUCGAUUGCGCGCGAAAGCGCUCGGCUACAUGCUCGCGCGAGGUGGCGCGAACGCGUGCGGAAUCCACGCACGUGUACGUACACGCCUCCGUAGCGUGCGCGCGUCUGCGAAGGUGCCGACCAGAGAUCGCGGCUUGUACCAUAUCAAAGCGAACAAAUGGCUGUUGUAAAUACGGGUGAGAGCCGCGCGUGGAUGCGUCGCUGCGUGCGCGUGCGUACACGCUUGCGCGCGUGUGUGCCAAGACUCUUCGCGGAACGAGCGAGCGGCUUUUUCGAAGAGGGCGGUCUUGAUGUACAUAUUCGAGUAAUCAGAGAAGGGAUGGAGUGACGGGAUGAGUUGCAUGUGUGCGUGGCUUCGUGAAGGUACCUGCGACGAUGCGACGUGUCUUGGGGGUGGCCUCGCAUCGGGGCAGGAAAGCGGGAAGAAAGGCCAAGCCAGGUCGUCGCACCACCUGACGUUCAAUUCCGCCAUGGGAAACGCAUCUCCCGCCACGAAGACACGUAUGUUGCAGUCAGUCGGUCGAUCGGUCGAUCGGUUGGUCGAGCGACGACGGCACCCCGCUAAUCUCUGAUGGAUCUUAUCGACGCUGCCGUCUGGGAUGAUGCGAGGUGCAAAAUAGCACCCGGAACAGAACGCGGGUACCCGAGAAGGCGAGUGCUCGGAGCGCGAAAGAGCUUGAGGACGAGGCAGUUUGCCAUUAUCAAUAGACUGAUCGACCGUCCUUUCUUGUUGAGGGAAGCUCGAGCUGUAUCGCGCGCUAUGCAUCGAGCCGAUCGAGACGAAGCGUUGCGCGUUUACCCGGAACAACAUUGCAAAUCCGCUCUCGGAGCAGGAUUUCACGAAACGAACAC